AUGGCGACGACACUACCAGAGGGUCUGCAUGAGGCAGACCACGGGCGGCACGAGCAGCAGCAGGAGCAACAGCAAGCUCGGAACCUUGACCAGCGCGGCGACGGAACAGCAGAGAGCAUCGACUCCAAGCUGGGCCCGCACACCGCCGCUUCGCAUGUCGAGGCCCAGGCAGGACAGGAGGCGACGGAUGAAUAUGGACAUCCGCUCGCCGAGAUCGAUCCGGUGCAUGAGGCGCGCAUCCGCCUGAAGAUGGACUUUGCCGUCGUGCCCCUCGUCAGCCUGAUAUACCUCCUCUCCUUCAUCGACCGCUCCAACAUCGGCAACGCCAAGCUCGCCGGCCUCGAGCACGAUCUCGGCAUGCACGGCUACGACUACAACACGGCCCUCUCCGUCUUCUACAUCACCUACAUCGUCUUCGAGAUCCCCUGCAACGCCGCCUGCAAGUGGCUCGGCCCGGGCUGGUUCCUGCCCGCCGUGACGCUCGCCUUUGGCGUCACCUCCAUCGCCACAGCCUUUGUGCAGAGCUUCCGCGCGCUCUGUGGCGUGCGCUGCCUGCUGGGCGUCUUCGAGGCGGGUAUGAUGCCCGGCAUCGCGUACUACCUCUCCCGCUGGUAUCGCCGCUCGGAGCUCACGUUUCGCAUCUCGCUGUUCAUCCUGUCGGCGGCGCUGGCGGGCGCGUUUGGGGGCCUGCUGGCGUCGGCGAUUUUGGAGCUGGAUUCGUUUGGCGCGCUGCGUUCGUGGCGCAUGAUUUUUGCGAUUGAAGGCAUCGCGACGUGCGCCCUCGCCCUCGCGUCCUUUGUCCUCCUCACGGACCGCCCCGAAACCGCCAUCUGGCUCACCCCCGCCGACAAAGCCCUCGCCAUCGCCCGUCUCAAAGCCGAACGCAUCGGCACCACCGAACUCGUCGACGGCUUCAGCACCGCCAAGCUCCGCGCCGGCAUCCUCAACCCCGUCGUGCUCCCCACCUCGGCCAUCUUCCUCCUCAACAGCAUCACCGUCCACGGCGCCUCCUUCUUCCUCCCCUCCAUCGUCAGCACCCUCUACCCGGACCGCUCCGUCACCCAGCAGCAGCUGCUCACCGUGCCGCCCUACGUCGUCGGCGCGACGGGCUGCGUGCUCCUCAGCUACGCCAGCUGGCGGCUCGAGCGGCGCGGCGUCUUCAUGGUGGCCUGCGCGCCGCUCGCGGUGCUGGGCUACGCGCUGUUCCUCGCGCCGGGGACGGGCGCCACGACGCGCUACGGCGCCAUCUUCCUGCCGUUCUUCGGCAUGUUUGCGUAUGGCGCGCUGACGAACGCGCAUGUGGCGGCGAAUGUUGUGUCGGACACGGCGCGCGCGUCGGCGAUUGCGACCAACGUCAUGUUUGGCAACAUAGGCGGCCUGGCGUCGACCUGGGCGUACAUACAAAAGGACGCGCCGCGCUACAACAUCGGCAACGGGCUGAACCUCGCGGCGCAGGCGUCCAUGUUUCUUAUUGCGCUGGGGUUGUACUUUUGGAUCAGGCGGGAUAACAGGAGGCGUGCUGCGAGGGAUGUUCACGGCGCGCUGGAGGGCAAGACGGUGCAGGAGAUUCAAGACAUGGACUGGCACCACCCGGGGUUUCGGUGGCACAAUUGA